AUGAAGGGAACUGUAUUGGUCAUCGGCGGAACAGGUGCCCAGGGGUUACCCGUUGUCAAAUCUCUGGCCACUGACUCCAAAUAUAACGUCCGCGUCCUUACAAGAAGCGCCUCCUCAAAAGAGGCCAAGUACCUAGCAACACUUCCAGGUGUAUCUAUCUUUGAAGGAAACACUUACGACGAAGCAACUCUCCGCCAAGCGUUUAAAGAAACAACGCACGUGUUCGUCAACACUAAUGGAUUCGCCAUCGGUGAAAAAGCAGAGAUCUAUUGGGGCAUCAGGCUCUAUGAGCUAGCUCGAGAAUUUCAAGUCGAGCACUUCGUCUACGCAGGUCUGGAAUACGGUUCUAAGCUUGGCAACUUCAAUUCCAAGUACAGAUGUGGUCAUCUAGAUGGGAAGGGCAAAGUCGUGGACUUCAUUUCUGCCCAGCCGACGUGGCCUAUGGCCUGGUCUGUUUUGACAUCUUGCAUGUAUAUGGAGGCUCUGUCGGAAUUUCUGCGCCCGUUCCCUGAUCCUGAAAAUCCGGAUACCUUGAUUUUUGCGGCUCCGCUUGGGGAAGGAAGAUGUCCUCUUAUCUAUUUGGAUGAUUAUGGAGCAUAUGCGAGAUGGAUUUUCGAUAACCAGGCUAAGAGCAAUGGGGUCGAGUUGCACGUUGGGACUGAGGAUAUCCGUUGGGAGGAUCUCGCCUCUACGUUUUCGCAAAUCACCGGCCAAAAGGCAGUGUAUAAGGAUGUGAGUUUGGACGAGUAUUUCAAGCUUAGCAUCCUUGAUCCGGAUGCGAUAGUUGGUCACUCUAGUGAUCAAAAUGACUCGACUUUACAAACUUAUCGGCAGAACUUUUCGGGGUUUUGGAAUACUUGGAAAGACAAUUUGACUAAGAGGGACUAUCAACUGUUGGAUACAAUUCUGCCGACGAGGGUGAUGUCUGUAAAAGAGUGGAUGGAAAAGACAGGUUAUAGUGGAAAGUAUGCGUCGCUGCUGAAGGAUCGACGGGACGAAGCUCGGAAGUAG